AUGUCCGGACUCGAAAUCAUCGGCGCCCUAUCCGCCAUAUCCGGCCUCUUAGAAAGCAGCAUAAAUCUCCUCAGCCGCCUCCGCCGAACCUACAACGACCAGAAAAACGCCUCCCAAGUACUCGGAGCCCACGUUGUCGAGAUCCAAGGCCUCCUCACCAUUCUCGAGCUCGUCAAACAUGAAGCGAAUCUACGCACUGCGGGCGUCCUCUCCGAGAUUGAGAAUAUUCGCAAGAUAGCGAUGGAGUUGAUGAGUAAUUUGGAAGUAAUGUUAUCAGGGGAAAAAAGCCAAGCACGGCGUUUUGCGCAUCAAUUCCUACAAGGGACGAAAGAACAAGAGAUACUUGCGAAACUGAUGGAGCGGCUGGAGCACGCAAAGUCGAAUUUGAGUCUGAGUUUACAUGUUGCUCAUGUGGGAGUGACGCAGUUUGUGGGUGAUAAAGUUGCGAUUAACAUGGAUAUUUUGAAUCGAGUAGAUGGGCUACUGCGGAAUGUGUUUGGAGAUGAUGGAGGUCUUAAGAUUGCUGAAGCAGUUAAGAACUAUCGCCCCGAAAAAGAUGGAUUGGUACAUAUCAAGAGUGAAGAACUUUCACUGAGAACAGACAAAGAUGGGAAACAGGCGGGACCAGUUUCUAGUCGAAAUGUCAUGAGGAAUGUGACCAGAGACCAAGCUCUACAGAUCAAUGGACCCAUUGGAGAAAAGGGGUGGCGAGAGGUAUCGCAGCUGGAAAUUAUAGAAAACGAAGCUGCUGGAAAUGGCCUCCAAAUAAACCAUGCGAUUUCUGAAGAUAUGUUCAUUCGGUUGCUGGCGCAAAGAGACCGAAAUCAGUCGGAUGGUACACUGGGACCAAUUAUGCAAGUCAGCGCCAGGCCUUGUGUUCCUGUUUGUAGUCGCUCUUCCAUUAUGCCUAAGAUUGAAACUAAUGAGAUCAGCGAAUAA